CGGAUCGCCUUCCGAGGGGGCUGACAAGCCACGGCGCCGCCUCUUCCGUCGUGUUUGCUUUCAUCUUCUUCAACUGAUCCCAGAACGGAGACUCGGAUCCGCACAUCAUGGAGCAACCUCCGAGCACCCCAGCCUUGACAGUGGUCACCGAGUCGGAGACCAGGUCAAAGAAAAGGAGUCGCGCAGAGACGGAUGCUUCGCCAACAGAGGUUGAGGCACCUGCCACGCUUCCAAGCACGAAGACCACAGAGCCACGGCCUAUCAAAGAUCCGGCGCCACAAGCGAGCGCGAGGGGCAGAAACGACUCCCGCAGCACGUCGCUGGAGCCACCGGCUUCUUUGGCGGGCGACAGUUCGGUUUCGGCCCACGACAGCACUUCUGCCUUUUCUCUUCACGACAGCGCCUUCUCCGAGUCCAUCACCGCUUCGGACUCCCUACCGAACCUCUCGACAGGACCACGCGGAAGCCUCUCGCCACCUUACAUGUUCUCGGGCACAUCCCGAUCCUCCAACUCAGGACCUGAGCCCGCGGUUGAUGGCGAGACCGAGCCGGACUUGGAUGCACUGGAGGAGCAGGCUGCCGUGGCACAAGCGGAAGAAGGCAGCAUUGUCGUCGACAGUGAUGAUCUGGGUACCGAUGACGGCUACGGGACCGACAACAACACCACGGCCUCUACAUCGCUUGCCGAGAGCGUCCGCGACUACAUAUUUGAGAACGGGCGCCGGUACCAUCGGUUUCGCGAGGGGCGAUACAAUUUUCCCAAUGACGACGUUGAGCAGCAGCGUGAAGACAUGAAACACACCAUGGUCAAGUUGCUCUGUGGCCAACUCUACUUUGCACCCAUCGGGGAGCAUCCCCAUGAGAUUCUCGACAUUGGAACAGGGACAGGCAUUUGGGCGAUUGAGAUGGGGGACUUGUUCCCCGGCGCCAACAUCUUAGGGGUUGAUUUAAGUCCCAUACAACCCGAGUGGGUGCCACCGAACGUGCGCUUCAUGGUGGACGAUGUAGAAAGCCCCUGGCUGCACCCCCGCAACUACUUUGACUACGUCCACUCUCGGCACACCGUCAUGGCCAUCAAGGACUGGCCAAGACUCAUGCGGAGGACUCUUGAACACCUCCGCCCUGGCGGCUGGUUCGAAAUGCAGGAAGUCUACCACUUUCCCAUCUCGGUCAACAACUCGAUGCCGCCGGACCAUCCCGUGGCGCAGUACUGGUCGCUCAUCAACGAAGGGCUGGGCAACCUGGGCAUCAAUUUUCACGCGGCUGCCAACGGCCGGCUGGCCGAAAUGAUGCGCGACGUGGGGUUUGUCAACGUCACGGAGCGCGUCCUGCAGAUCCCCAUCGGCACCUGGGCCAAGAACAAGGUUCUCAAAACUGUCGGGCUGUACUGGCGCACCAUCCUCGUCGACGGCAUGCAGGCCAUCGCGCUCGGCCCGCUGUCGAGGGGCUGCGGCUGGAGCAGGGAGCAGAUCGAGCUGUUCCUGGUCGAAGUGCGCAAGGCGUACCAUGAUAACAGUAUGCUGGCUUACAUGCCGCUGCAUAUCGUGUACGGACAGAAACCGGCGGGGUAUUAAGCUACUUAUAGUACUAAAGGUAGAGUUGGGGGGAACGGCAUGUUGUGUUGCUACGGAGGUGGUUGUGUAUUAUAACAGCAUGAUAC